UAGCGCUGGGCAGUGCCAACCACAAAGAUGGCGGCUCAUUGCCAAGCCCGCCGUGCCCUCAGCAAAGAUGACAGCGGCAGCGUCACUCCGGGAAGGGCGCGCCGUGCGUGACGCAUGCGCAAUGGGGGCGGCCAGCCCGUGGCUGCCCGGGCAGGGAUGGCCGAGGGGGGCUCUGGCAGCUCCGGCUCCCCGGGCAGCCUCCGGCCGGGGCUCCCGGGGGCUCGGGGGGUGCUGGGCAGGCGCCCCGCAGCCCCCGCCCUCAGCCCGGGCCGCCUGCCCUCCAUCCGCUCCCGAGACCUCACCCUGGGGGGCGUCAAGAAGAAAACCUUCACCCCCAACAUCAUCAGCAGGAAGAUCAAGGAGGAGCCCCGGGAGGAUGUGACGGUCAAGAAGGAGAAGAAGGAGCGGGAGCGGCAGCGGGACGGGCACGGCCGGGGCCGGGGCCGGCCCGAGGUCAUCCAGUCCCACUCCAUCUUCGAGCAGGGCCCUGCUGAAAUGAUGAAGAAGAAAGCAGGCUCCUGGGACAAGACCGUGGACGUGUCCGACUUCGGCCCGUCCCACAUCAUCAACAUCAAGAAGGAGAAGCGGGAGACGGACGAGGAGACCAAGCAGAUCCUGCGGAUGCUGCAGAAGGACGACUUCCUGGACGACCCGGGGCUGAAGAACGACAUCCGCAACAAGCCGGUGCAGCUGCCCCUGGCCCACUCGGGCUGGCUCUUCAAGGAGGAGGGGGCAGAGCAGGAGGAGGCCCAGCCGUGGCUGCCUGGAUCCAAGGAGGAGAAGAUGGAGCUGGACCCGCCGGCAGUGAAAGUGAAGGAAGAGCCGUGUGAGGAGGAUCCCCAGCCCGCCCCGCCCAGGGCUCCGCCCGGCUUCCCGCGGGACGUGUCGGCGGCGGAGCUGCUGCAGCGCCUGAGCCUGGCGGCCGAGGAGGAGCUGGUGUUCCUGCAGCUCCCCGACACCCUGCCCGGGCAGCCCCCCACCCACGACUCCAAACCCAUCAAAGCCGAGCUGCACAGCGAGGACGGGCAGGUGCUGGUGGUGAAGCAGGAGAAGAGCCAGGAGGCGAAGCAGGCAGAGAACACCUGUACCCUGGCCGAUCUCCCCGAGGGGCAGGUGGGCAAACUGCUCAUCCGAAAGUCGGGGAAAGUGCAGCUGGUGCUGGGCAAGGUGACCCUGGAUGUCACCAUGGGCACCCCCUGCUCCUUCCUACAGGAGCUGGUGUCCGUGGGCAUCGGGGACAACCGGACGGGCGAGAUGAUUGUGCUGGGCCACGUGCGCCACAAGCUCGUCUGCUCCCCGGACUUCGAGGCUCUCCUGGAGCACCGGCACCGGUAGCCCAGGGGGUCCCGGCCCCCCCAGCCCCCGGGGACGGCCCCCCAGCCCCUCCAAUGUGCCUUUGGGACGUGGGCAGGGGGCUGGCGCAGGUGUGGGCGCAGAGGCAGCUCCCACCUCCGUCCAGCCCCGCGCGGUGUCCGGCUGUGCCCCCCGAACCGGCGGCUUCCCCCCAGUGCCAAACGGGGAUCCCGGGAUGUGUGGGACUGCUGUGUGUCCCCCAGCUCUGUGGACACGCUGCUGGGAGCAGGACACAGGUCCUGCGGGAAAAACCUGGAAUAAACCUCUUUUCCCCCUGUGUGGGGCU